UUAUAAUAAUAAUAAAAAAUAGUAUGCAUUAAGCAUGUUGGUGUCAGUGAGAGAAAUUGCAGCUGUCCGGGGUCUCCGGGUUGCCUUCUGUAAGCCGCCCCUACAUUGAUAUACAGGUGGCACGAUCGUGUGAACCCGAUUAUCAAAAUCUAAUUAAAAAAGAAAUCACAACGUGUACGUUUUAGUCUUUUUCUUUACAGAAGAUGAAGAGAGACUAUAAAAAGGAGAGAGAAACCACAGAAAAAGACUAUAGUGGUGGCAUGCUAUGGCUCCAUUUGUUGAGCGUUAACCAUAACAGACCCGUCUAACCAACCCUCGAUCCUAAUCCUUUCUCUCCUUUUCUCUUCGAUUGGCUCGCCCCUUUAACUGAGUUCACUCACCGUUUUACCUUUUCCAAUCGAUUCCAUCUCUUUCAAUUUUGAUUCUUGAUUGAUUGGUUUAUUGGUUGAUUGAUUGGUUGAUUCAUCUUCAAUUUGAGAUAUGACGAAGAGAGCUAGAACGAGCCCUGAUAAGGCUGUGGUGAAUGUUUGGCAACGAGAGGUUGGUGAACUUUCUACACGGAAUUUCGCUCACCGGCUUGCCGCUUCUGAGGAUCUUGUAUUGCGGCUUGAUAUAUUCAAAAAGCUAGAGAAGCACAGAGGUUGUGUGAAUACAGUAAGCUUCAAUGCUGAUGGUGACAUUCUGGUGUCAGGUUCUGAUGACAGGCGAGUCAUACUCUGGGACUGGGAAACUGGGCGUAUCAAGCUUUCUUUCCAUUCUGGUCACAAUAACAAUGUUUUUCAAGCCAAAAUCAUGCCUUACACUGAUGAUCGAAGCAUUGUUACCUGUGCUGCUGAUGGUCAGGUUCGACAUGCUCAAAUUCUGGAAAAUGGAGCAGUGGAAACUGCAUUGCUAGCUAAACACCAAGGACGGGCACAUAAGUUGGCUAUUGAGCCUGGGAGCCCUCAUAUAUUUUACACUUGUGGUGAGGAUGGAUUAGUUCAACAUUUUGAUCUGAGAUCUAGGCGUGCUACCGAACUUUUCACUUGCCAACCAAUUGAUGAUAGGAGGAAUUACAUGCCAGUCGUCCAUCUAAAUGCAAUUGCAAUUGAUCCUAGGAACCCAAAUCUCUUUGCAGUUGCAGGGUCAGACGAGUAUACCAGACUUUAUGAUAUCCGCAUGUAUAAUUGGGAUGGUUCGUCUGAGUUUGAUCGGCCUACAGAUUGCUUUUGUCCUCCACAUUUGAUUGGUGACGAGGAAGUUGGAAUAACAGGCUUGUCAUUCUCAGACCAGAGCGAGCUUCUAGUCUCUUAUAAUGAUGAGUUUAUCUACCUUUUCACACGAGAUAUGGGAUUGGGUCCCAAUCCAGAUCCAUCCUCUUGCAAUGAUUCAAGUGAAAAGGGGCCUAUGGAUGCUGAUGGUAAAACCUCUCCUCAAGUUUUCAAAGGUCAUCGAAAUUGUGAGACUGUUAAGGGAGUAAGCUUCUUUGGGCCCAAGUGUGAAUAUGUGGUGAGUGGGUCAGACUGUGGUCGGAUAUUCAUUUGGAAGAAAAAAGGUGGAGAGCUCAUUCGUGUCAUGGAAGCAGACAAGCAUGUAGUGAACUGCAUUGAGAAUCAUCCCCAUGCCACUGUGCUUGCUAGCAGUGGAAUCGAGAAUGAUAUAAAGAUAUGGACUCCAAAGGCUACCGAGAGAGCUACUCUGCCUUCAAAUAUUGAACAGGUUCCGAUGCAUGAUCGCUUUCCAUGGUUUGCCUUUGGUGAUGAUGAUGACAAUGAGGAUGAUGAUUAUUUCUCUGAAGAGGAUGAUAGCAAUGAUGACGACGACGACGAUGAUGGCGAUGAUGAUGGCGAUGACGAUGACGAUGAUGAUGGCGAUGCUGAAACCAAAGGCUAGGAGCUGGAUGUACCGUGCAGCUUCACCGCAGGACCUGAUGCUGCAAUUAUUUUCACUGCAAAGGCGGAGAACAAACCCAGAGCACGAUGAAGAGAGCUCAGCUGCUGGUAGGGAACUUUUAGAGCUUAUACUAACAUUCAAUGCCAACAGUGAUUCAGACAACGGAGGGGAUGUAUGAAGUCGGGAUGACUUGUUUGGCUAGGAGAUUGUUUUCUUUGGCCAAUAAGAAAACCAUAGUAAUUGUACAUAACAUAGGGUUUCAAGUUUGAACUAUUUUGUGAAGCCUCAUAAGUUAUUAAUUUUCAAGUUCUUUCUUAUUCAUUGAUGGUUA